CUCCCGAGAAGUCCACGCACCAUGCAUCAGACAUCUUCGAAGCUCCUUCGCAUGACGGAGGACAUGCGACCAUUCACUAGGGACUUCAAAGACCUCUUCGCUACCCUCAUCGUCAGCCUACCACUCACUCCACAUCGCGUACGCUUCUCUCGAAUAGACCACACCUUCACGAGCGAGGAGGCAGUCACCAAUCUCGGCUCGCUCAAGUUCUCACAAUCGAACCGAAUGCCCGAUCCGAAAGACGUGUCAAGGAUAGUAACCACCACAACCACGACGACAUUUUCCAUGGCGAAAGAGAUGGCACGCUCAGUAUGCAGUCGAUUUGUGGAGGCACGGUUCGUUGAGUCACUGGAUGGGAAGACCGACUUCACCUCGAAGGGAACUGUCUGGCAACUCACACCAAAGGGCAUGCACAUUUUAUCGCGGUUCUGCCAAAGGAAUGGCAUCCACUUACGGCAUGUCAAUGACCUGCUCGACUCUCCACGGAACAUGAUGCAAUUGGUUAUCCUCGAACGGGACCCGGAGACGGACAUGAUUGUCCACGACUCCGCAACCAUUGAUGUCCUUUUCCGACGAUUUGCUGGCGAUGCGGGUCCUAACCUCAAGCCUGCAUCAAGUUCAUCAGACUCAGACUCCCAGACGGACUAUUCGACAGGCCUGCUGGGCGUCAAGAUGCAAAAGUCAAAGCGGGGUGACAAGGAAGGAGCACCCUUUGUAUUCUCCGGCAAGACAGCGUUUGAUUGGCUGAUGGACUGUUGCACGACCGUGGACAAGCGAGAAGCGCACGAGAUCGCCAAUUCCUUCCUGCACUACGGCUUCAUCGAUCCAACUUUCGAAGAAAGAUUCGGGUCACACGGAUCAUCAUACGCCUCUCAGCAUUCCUCUUCACAACAUCGAUUUGCACCCGCAAGCAAGCAGAUGUAUGCUAUAACGCACAAGGGCAUGCGAACAGCUGGAUGGAUCACGAGUCCUGAUGGGUCCGUGAAUGGCGAGGCGACACUACGCAUACCACCUGGUGUCGUUCGCGACUCGAACACGAAUCGCAUGGCCGUCAUCGUCCGCGAUCCCGCUCUUCGCCUGCUCUUCCGCGAGUACCUUCGCGAAACGCAUUGCGAAGAGAACCUCGCAUUCUACGUCGAGGUCAAGGCUUUCCUGGCCGACUACGACCGCGCGAAGCGAAGUGCAUCAACACCAAAGCCGGAUGUGAUUCGGGAGACUCUUGCAUCUGCUUACAGCUUGUACAAUGCUUUCCUGGCUCCUGGAUCGCCAUGCGAGCUUAACAUCGAUCACAAUCUGCGAAAUGCUCUGGCUGGACGCAUGACUCGGUCAAUCGGAGAGGACGAGGAGAUGAUUGCCAGCUUGGAUGAGGUUGCUGUUCUGUUUGAUCAGGCACAAAGCAGUGUCUUCAAGCUCAUGGCCAGCGACUCUGUUCCCAAAUUCUCCCGCGAGCCGAAAUACGCCGCCGUUCUAAAGGAGCGUGACAUGGAGACCAUGCUGUCAAAUUUCGCCGCUACUUCGCUGGGCUAG